CCCCCGUUCUUUUCUUUUCUCUCCUGUUCUUCCCUCCCAACCAAGGCGUAAAACCCAAACCCAGCAACAAAGUCGAACUGCUCUCCCCUCCCCACCCCAGUGCCGGAGAUCAACAGCUUCCCACGAUGGCAUACCCAACGAACGGAUUACCGGUGGACCCUCGGAGCGGUUUCUGCCCCUCCAACUCCAUCUUCUACAGCAAACGCAAGCCCGUCCCCCUCCCCUCCAGCCCCUACCUCGAUGUCACCACCUUCCUCUUCUCCCGCCGCCACUCCGGCACCAUUGCCUUCAUCGACGCCGCCUCCGGCUGCCGCAUCUCCUUCCGCGCUCUCUGGCGCUCCGUCACCACCCUCGCCUCUGCCCUCUCCUCCUGCCUCUCCGUCCGCAAGGGCCAGGUUGUCCUCCUUCUCUCCCCCAACUCCAUCCAAUUCCCCAUCGUCUCCCUCGCCGUCAUGUCCCUCGGCGCCGUCCUCACCACCACCAACCCCCUAAACACCCCACGAGAAAUCGCCAAGCAAAUCUCCGACUCCGACCCGAUCCUCGCUUUCGCCACCCGCACCCUCGUCGGCAAACUCCCCGCGACCGAUUUCCCCAUCAUCCUCCUCGGGGACCACCGGAUCGCCGGCGACGAUGCCCGCAUCCGCUACACGAUCGAGGAAUUGAUGGCGAUAAAGCCCGAUCUCCGGCGCCGGCGGGAGACGGUGAGGCAGCACAACACGGCGACGCUUCUGUACUCCUCUGGGACCAUCAGGACCAGCAAGGGCGUCGUGGCGACCCACCGGAAUCUGAUCGCGAUGAUCCAGAUCAUCCUCAACCGGCUCAAGCUGGAGGAGGGCGGCGGCGCGCCGGAGACGUUCAUCUGCACCGUCCCGAUGUUCCACAUCUACGGCCUGGCGGCAUUCGCGACGGGGCUGCUGGGAUCGGGAUCGACGGUGGUCAUCUUGCCGGAAUUCGAGAUGGGGGAGAUGAUCCGGGCGAUCAGGGAGUACGGGGCGACGUAUCUGCCUCUGGUGCCGCCGAUCCUGGUGGCGAUGUUGAAAGAGCCGACGCCGCUGCCGUUGGGGCGGCUCCGGCGGGUGCUGUCCGGCGGUGCGCCGCUGGGGAGGGAGGUGAUCGAGGAGUUCCGGGCGAAGUAUCCCUGGGUGGAGAUUUUGCAGUCGUAUGGGCUGACGGAGAGCACGGGGAUGGGGGCGUCAACGGACUCGGCGGAGGAGAGCAGCAGGUACGGGACGGCGGGACCGCUGUCGCCCAACACGGAGGCCAGGAUCGUGGAUCCAGACACGGGGAUGUCCUUGCCAGUGAACCGCACCGGCGAGCUCUGGAUCCGGGGUCCCUACGUCAUGAAAGGUUAUUUCAAGAAUCCAGAAGCGACGAGCACCGUGUUGGACUCAGAAGAGAGGUGGCUAAAGACCGGAGAUCUUUGCUACAUUGACAAGGACGGGUAUCUCUUCGUGGUGGACCGACUCAAGGACCUCAUCAAAUACAGGGGCCACCAGGUGGCCCCUGCAGAACUGGAGGCACUAUUGCUGACCCACCCUCUAAUCACCGAUGCCGCCGUGAUCCCGUUCCGGAAUGAGAGAGGGGGCCAGUACCCAAUGGCGUACGUUGUAAGGAAGGCUGGGCCUGUUGGGGAACGCUUGUCCGCGACCGGAGUGAUGGAGUUUGUGGCAGAGCAGAUGGCCCGUCACAAGAGGAUUCGCAAGGUGGUGUUUGUAUCAGCCAUUCCCAAGAAUCCAUCCGGGAAGAUAUUAAGGAAGGAUCUCAUUAAGCUUGCCGCUUCCGAGCCUUGAUGGCUAUGUUGGCUGAGAGCACGUUGUACGUUCUGUGGGAGGAGAAGAGUAAUGAGUGAGUGGUGGUUGUACUGGAUGCUCCUUUUUUCGGUAGGAUAAUCAAAAAUUGUAUUGGAGA